GAUGAAGUGCUUUCUCAUAGAAACUAUUGCUUCUGGAUAUGAAGAAAUUCUCUCAACUGCGUGAAGAUUUCUGCCUCGACGACGAGGCGCAUCUUUGUUGAAUUCUCCCACAGCAAAUCCCCGUACUCUCGUGCUAAGUCACAGGCGGCUUCAAAGACAUCCUUGAUGGCCAAGGAAGGUCGGUGUAGUAGUAAGGCUAGGAUCAAUAUGCAAGAAUGUGUGUGUUUGUUGCGUUCACGUUCAUGCAGAAAACUACCUCGAUUCCCUCGUAACUGAAUUGCAUUCUCUCUUACUUUACUUUUUCUCCACUUUAACCAUUUAUUAUGAUUUUCCUAAAUCAAGUGCAAAAAAUGACUCGGCUAUGAGGUAACGGAAGGAGUACUACAUAUCCUUGACGGGAAUUCAUCACAAAGAUGUGCAGGCGGUCAUAUCCACUCUAUUCAAAUCUACUUCCCACAACCUAAUCUGGUUCACAAAAUAAAUUUCAAAGUUUCAUGGACAAUAUAUAGGUGUAUGGAAAGAAAGAACCGAAGGCUGGUGGUAGAAAAUUAUAUACCUGAUCAGUGACGGGUUCGGGUAUGGUGGGCAUCUUCUCAGCAACUCGAGGAUGAUCAGUGACGGUUUCGGGUAUGUGUGGAGAGAGAGAGAAUGGCGGCGGUGGUGUCACCAUUAGCAAAAUACAAGCUGGUGUUUCUCGGCGAUCAGUCCGUCGGAAAAACCAGCAUCAUCACCCGUUUCAUGUACGAUAAAUUCGAUACAACCUAUCAGGCUACAAUUGGAAUAGAUUUCUUGUCCAAAACAAUGUACCUAGAAGAUCGAACGGUUCGCUUGCAGCUUUGGGAUACUGCUGGGCAAGAAAGAUUUAGAAGUCUAAUUCCAAGCUACAUUAGAGAUUCUUCUGUGGCAGUGAUUGCCUAUGAUGUUGCUAAUAGGCAGUCAUUUUUGAACACUUCCAAGUGGAUUGAGGAAGUAAGAACGGAACGUGGUGGUGAUGUGAUCAUCGUCCUUGUCGGAAAUAAAACCGAUCUUGUCGAAAAACGCCAAGUUUCGAUUGAAGAAGGUGAUAUCAAGGCUCGUGAAUACGAAGUGAUGUUCGUAGAAACUAGUGCUAAAGCCGGUUUCAAUAUAAAGCCACUGUUUCGUAAGAUAGCUGCAGCGCUUCCGGGGAUGGAGGCCCUCUCCUCCGCAAAGCGCGAUGAUAUGGUCGAUGUGAACUUGAAGCCGACCGGAAACGGGGCCCAGAAUGAGCAGCAAGGCGGAGGCUGCACAUGCUAGAAAAUGGACAAAGUUAGGAGUCUAUCUAUAGAGUUCUGCAGAUUUUUGGCACACAGAUUGGCUUACAAUGAUGAAAUAUAUAUAUAUAUUGGUCAUAUAUUUAAAUGCA